AUGUCUGCUGAAGAUACCUCUACUCCCACGGAUUCUCGCGCGGGGACUAUGGCGCCCGAGUCGGUUGUUCCUUCGUCGCCGCUCACGGACCCGACUGAGGCUGAAGACUCGAAGUCCUCUCAUGACAAAGAAGAUGACGAUUCCAAGGCAAAUUUGACGGAUUCGGAAGAUGUCGAGGGGAUGGACAGCAAGGCCAAGGCCUUGAUGCAUUUGUUGAAAACCAGCUCGUGGUCUGAUAUCUUCUCGCACCUACAGGUCUUUGUCGCUAUCAUGUCAGAGAAAAUGAAGAAGCAACAAGAGGAUGCACGCUUGGCGGCGAUCAAGCACCGCGAACAAAAUGCCGCGACUCAGAAGAAAACCAAGUCGCCUCCCGAGCCUGCUCGCCGAGCCACUCGAACUCGGGCAAACCAAGAUGCGACGGAAGAGAACAAACCCACCAACGAAAAGACUGCAGGAUCGACCAGAGGUCGACCUAAGCGGGGAGCCGCCGCGAAUGGCAGUUCGAUUUCUAGUUACUUCAAAAAGGCCGACGUGGAAGUGACUGAAGACAAUCCCUCGGUGCAGCAAGCUCUUGAACAGGCUGCAGAUGACUACGAAUCAAACCCCACAGCUCUUGGUGAGCAGGAAUUGGUCGCGACACAGCAGCCAAAACUUGUGAGCGGCGGCAAAAUGAGAACAUACCAGUUGGAGGGCCUCGAAUGGCUCAAGACUCUAUGGAUGAAUGGGCUUUGUGGCAUUCUUGCCGAUGAGAUGGGCCUUGGAAAGACUGUUCAAGCAAUUUCCAUGAUUGCUUUCCUCAAAGAGAAUAAUAUCUCAGGACCCUUCUUGAUUGCAGCACCACUGAGCACGGUGAGCAAUUGGGUGGAUGAGUUCGCCCGGUGGACCCCGGAAAUAAAAACGGUUUUGUACCACGGCUCCAAAGAUGAGCGCGCUGCCUUGCGCAGAAAACACAUGAAAAUGAAAGACCAGGGAGAUAUGGACUUCCCAGUGGUAUGCACAUCCUACGAGAUUUGCAUGAAUGACCGCAAGUUCUUGGGUCAAUAUCAAUGGCGCUAUAUUGUUGUUGAUGAGGGCCACCGCCUGAAAAACAUGAAUUGUAAGCUCAUCAAAGAGCUUUUGACCUAUAACUCAGCAAAUCGUCUUCUGAUCACUGGAACGCCGCUCCAGAACAACAUCUCAGAGUUGUGGUCACUUUUACAUUUCCUGCUCCCGGAGGUUUUCAACGAUCUCAACUCAUUCGAGGGUUGGUUUGAUUUCUCCUCUGUGUUGGAUAACAAGGGCCAGGCGGGCCUUGUGGAAAAACGGAAACGUAACUUGGUCACUAGUAUGCAUGCUAUCCUCAAGCCGUUCCUUCUGCGGCGCUUGAAGACCGAUGUGGAGACUUCGCUUCCCAAGAAGCGGGAGUACAUUCUGUACGCCCCUCUGACCCCUGAGCAAAAGGAUCUCUAUCGAGAGAUCAUCAAUGGUACGGGGCGCCAGUAUCUAGAAGGAAAGGCCCUGGAGCGUUUGGAGAGCAAGAGCGGUAGCUCUACGCGCUCGCAAAGCAUGAAGCGCAAACGGAAUGGCACUGACGAUGCAACGCCGGUUAAGAGCGCCAGAUCCAGUGGGCUAUCCACACCGGCUAGCAAUGGAAAUAAUUCUAACCGCCGUCGCCGACGCAGUACGCGUCAGAGUUACAAUGAUCUAAGUGAUGGAGAGUUUGAUGAGCACCUCCGCAAACUCGAGCUGGGAAUUGAAGAAGAGGAAAAGAAGGUCGAGCCCAGCGAUACUGAGCUCGAAGACAUGCAGCGGGCUGAGAAUCUCAAGCUUGCCAAGAAAGAGAUUGGGCAAAAGAAGAUGCAGAACCCAGUUUUACAAGCACGUCUUGCAUGCAACUCUCCGCAUAAUUUCUACUGGCCCUGGAUGGACGAGUCCUCGUCCGUAGAUGAAACCCUCGUCUCCGCCUCCGGAAAGAUGCUGUUGUUGGACCGCUUGGUCUCGUGUUUGCUUGAGAAGGGCCAUAAGAUUCUGAUUUUCUCUCAAUUCAAAACUCAACUUGAUAUCAUCGAAGAGUGGAUAACGACACUCCGCUCCUGGGAGUGUUGCCGAAUCGACGGCGCUAUUGCACAGUCAGACCGCCAGGCUCAGAUUAAAAACUUCAAUACCAAGAAGAGUCACAAGCUUUUCCUCCUGAGCACCCGAGCUGGUGGUCAAGGAAUCAACCUCACCGCGGCUGACACCGUCAUCAUCUUUGAUUCUGACUGGAAUCCACAGCAAGAUCUGCAGGCUCAGGAUCGAGCCCACCGCAUUGGCCAGACCAGGCCAGUGAUUAUCUACAGAUUGGCGACGAAGGGUACCGUUGAGCAGACACUCCUUGAGAAAGCGGAUUCCAAGCGUCGCCUCGAACGUCUAGUCAUUCAAAAAGGCAAAUUCCGCUCCUUGCUUGACCCCAGCAUCAAUUCCCAGGAUGUCGACGAACUGCGCAAGGUUCUUGGCGAGAACGAGUUCGAGCGGUUCGAAGUUGGUAGUGACCCUACUUCGAUCUUGUCGAAUGAAGACCUUGAUAUCUUGACCGAUCGCUCCGAGGAGGCUUACCUGCGUGCCGAGAAGGGUUUGGAUACGAAAGGAGCUGCGUUUGUUGCAGUUGAAACGAAGCGUGAUCCUGGUGAGAGCAUUCUCUCUUGA